AUAUUAUGGUAAUUCAUUACAAUGCAACGAUUUAACAUUCGCAACUUUCAAAGCAACUCAGCAAACAAAGCUGACGAAAACUAUAGGACCCGCAGCCCGCAUGAAGAAAUCAAAGGAAAGAGCAAACAAAGACGUUCGGUCAAUCAUCAAGAUCUAACUUCACAAGUCAGCAAAGUCAAGCUUAUGCUGCUACAGCCUACAGCCAUGAUUCAUAUCACGUGCUGUGAUUCUCCUGUAACAGUAUUUUAUAUGCGAUUCAACCAUUGCCCAGUUUUCUUACCAACCCUACUAUUCUUCCCUCUCCUCAUUCAACCACUCACCAAAUCCAAUGGUGGAAGUAAUCCGAUUUCAUAGACCAAAGAUGCAACCAAGAUUUAAGUCAUCAAACCAAAUUAAACCAAGUGAGGACAAAAGUGCUUUUAGCAAAUAAAGGGAAACAAGAGUGUUACCACUUACCAGUAGAAUGGCGUAGCUUAGCUGGAAUGGGAAGGUGGUGAAAAUGAUGAGAGAUGAGAUGACAAGGAAAGGAAAGGAAGGGGCAAAAAUGACGGUGAUAUCAAGGUGGCGUGAAUAGCGACUUUGGCUCGUUAGCUCUAUGUACAUUGUACCAACAUAGGUGGACCCAAAUAAACAAACUAUAGCCAUUUUAGUGAUUUUGUUGGCCCUUUCUUCUUCGUCUUGGUGUUGAUGGUGGUACCAAACAACCUCCACCUUCCAGCAACGUUUCCCCUGCCGUCCUCUGUCGUUUUGCUUCAUUGCGUUUCUCUCUUUGAUCGCGGUGUAAAUACCACGCUGACCCAUCGCUUUCACUCAACUUACUGAAAUAUAUUGCAGCAAUGGGGAAAGCAUAUUGUGGUAGCUUCAUGGUCAUGGGUAUGCAAUGUAAACCCCUUCUCUGCACCUACAUUUUCUGGCUUCUUAUUUACUUUGUUCUGUUCUUCAUCUUCUUCCUUCUUUUCUUUGAAAUUGCUGUGGGAUUUGAUAUGGAGGCCUCAGCCAUGUAGGAAAGCUUCCAACUUUGCCUUCUUUCUGUUCAAAAACAGGAACGAGAGAGUUCCUUUUUGAUCCGUUUCUGUGUUUUUCUUUCCCUUUUUCCCCUUCUGCGGAUCCCAUUUACUGGGGCUAGUAUGGAUUACGGGUUUUGGCUUUGAAUGCCGGCCGAUACGAGUUAACUGGGAGAAACGGGCUGCUAGGGGAUUGAAAUUGGAUAGAUACUCUUUUUUUGUCUUAUGGGGUUGUAACGUUUGGAGAGAAUGAGAGCUACUACAUUUACAGCAUGGGGUCAAAGGUCUUUGUUUGAAACCGAGUAGACUUUGGGUCUCAAGGUUUCUCUCUAGAUCAGCUUAAAGAUCAUUUUCGUUUCUAGCUUUCCCACAUUUAGAUCCUGGGUUGCCGGCUGUGGGAAGUAGGAACCCGAAUUACAUUAGUAGAGAUUUUGUUUUUAUCGAGUGAUGUGCGCAGUUUCGUAGUUUCUGGCCUGAUUGAUUUUGGUACCUGUUAUUUUCUGAAACCUGGGUUGUUUCAGGUUUGGAAAAUAAUUUUUUGAACAUGAAGAGGAGGGUGAGCUGAUGCAGGUAGUCAGACAAGCAAAGGAGGCCUGUAUUUCUGAAGUCGGAGAGCCAUCCAUUUGAUUCAAGAUGCAAAUGGCUUCCAGUGGAAACACUAUUGAAGGAGCUGAUUUGAAAGGUAUGAUGCAGGUUCUGGAUGAGAAAUUUGAUCAGUCCAUGGGUGCAGAGGCUGGAAGACUGAGAAUAAAUAAGAAUGAUGGGAAGAAACACUCCACUUCACUGGUUUUGUGGCUUGCAUUCCAAAGCCUUGGAGUUGUCUAUGGGGAUUUAGGCACUUCUCCUUUGUAUGUCUUCUACAACACCUUCUCCGACGGAAUCAAAGAUCCUGAGGACGUGAUCGGAGCUUUAUCAUUGAUCAUAUACUCCCUCACUCUUGUUCCGCUGAUAAAGUAUAUCCUUAUCGUGUGUCAAGCAAAUGACAAUGGCCAAGGUGGAACAUUUGCUCUCUAUUCACUCUUGUGUCGUCAUGCAAACGUAAAGACUAUUCCUAACCUAGACCACACAGAUGAGGAGCUAACAACAUUUAGUCGUUCCAAAAUUCAUGAAAAGCCAUAUGCUGCCAAGACCAAGAGAUGGUUGGAGGAAAAAUCAUCCCGUAAGAAUGCGUUGCUUGUUCUUGUGCUUGUUGGCUCGUCAAUGGUUAUUGGGGAUGGGAUUCUUACCCCAGCUAUAUCAGUGCUCUCAGCAGUCCAAGGAAUCAGAUUAGACUGCCCCCACAUGAGUAAUGGUGCAGUCGUCCUUGUUGCCGUCAUAAUUCUAGUAGGCUUGUUUUGUGCACAAUACCGGGGGAUAGAUAAUGUUGGUUCGGUCUUUGCCCCAGUGGUCUUCAUUUGGUUCCUCCUAAUUGGAGGUAUUGGUAUAUUCAACAUAUGGAAAUAUGGGACAGUUGUCCUGAAAGCGUUUUCACCAGUUUAUAUAUACCACUACUUCAGGAAGGGAGGGAGAAGUGCUUGGCUCUCCCUCGGAGGUAUUAUGCUCAGUAUAACAGGCACAGAAGCUCUUUUUGCUGACCUAUCGCAUUUCCCAGUUUUAGCUAUUCAGAUUGCAUUUACAGCCGUAGUUUUCCCAUCGCUUCUGCUUGCCUACACUGGUCAGGCUGCCUACCUCUUGAAGAACCCCGAUCACGUAUUUGAUGCAUUUUAUCGAUCCAUUCCAGCGAGCAUCCACUGGCCGGUGCUCAUCAUUGCAACAGCAGCUGCAGUUGUUGCUAGCCAAGCCACCAUAUCUGCUACAUUUUCCUUAAUUAAGCAAGCCCUUGCACUCAGCUGCUUCCCAAGAGUCAAAGUUGUGCACACAUCAAAAGAGUUCAAGAGGCGGAUAUACAUUCCAGACAUUAACUGGAUCCUCAUGAUCCUAUGCAUUGCUGUGACUGUCGGAUUCAAGAAUCAAACCCAAAUAGGAAAUGCUUCUGGUACGGCAGUGGUGAUAGUGAUGCUGGUGACAACAUUGUUAAUGACAUUGAUCAUGAUAUUAGUGUGGCGCUGCCAUUGGCUUCUCGUCCUCAUCUUCACUGCUCUAUCCCUUGUUGUGGAAGUCACCUACUUCUCAUCCGUGCUCUGCAAGGUCAAUCAAGGCGGGUGGGUCCCACUCGUCAUUGCAGCGUCAUUCUUCAUCAUCAUGUAUGUCUGGCACUAUGGCACCAUGAAACGCUACGAGUUUGAGAUGCACAGCAAGGUAUCAACCGCGUGGAUCCUUGGUCUAGGGCCCAGCUUGGGUCUUGUCCGUGUCCCUGGCAUUGGCUUGGUAUACACGGAACUACCUAGAGGGAUCCCACACAUCUUCUCCCACUUCAUCACCAACCUGCCAGCCAUCCAUUCCGUCGUCAUUUUCGCCUGUGUGAAGUACCUUCCUGUUCAUACCGUCCCCCAAGAAGAGCGGUUCCUUAUCAGGAGGAUAGGGCCAAAGGCCUUCCACAUGUUCCGAUGUGUCGCCAGAUAUGGUUACAGAGACCUACACAGAAAAGAUGAGGAGUUCGAGAGGAAGCUGUUCGAUAGCCUCGUGGCAUUCGUUCGCCUCGAGUACAUGAUGGAAGAUUGUUCCGACUCGGAUGAUGAUUACAGCAUUUGCGAUGAUCAGGGAAGUGACAACAAGUCGACUGCAAACUGCGAUGGAGCCACAUUCUCUUCUGCCGACACGAUCAUUGCAGUGGGUUGUUCUGGAGCCAGCGACGCCAUCAUUAGGGCAGCAAGUAGCGGAAUGCAGAUCGACGAGGUGGAGUUUCUGCAGAUGUCCAGGGAUGCGGGGGUGGUCCACAUUCUUGGGAACACAGUGGUAAGAGCGAGCGGUGGUUCCAAGUUGUGCAAGAGGAUAGCCAUUAACUAUGUAUAUGCUUUUCUUAGGAAGAUCUGCAGACAGAGCAGUGCGCUUCUUAAUGUCCCUCAUGAAAGUCUCCUCAACGUUGGGCAAAUUGUUCAUGUCUGAAGAUCCUUCACGUGGCAUGUUCUUCUUGUUGUUAGUUAUGAAGGCUUUGGGGAGACUUUUGGAAGUGUCCUUGAACUAGUUUCAUUUUAACUGGUAAAUGAAAUGAAUGUAGUUAGUUAAUGGUAAACCAGCCACGUGCUUUGACCUAAACAUUGUUUCUAGCCGGUAUGAAAUUAUGUAACCUAAUCAAAGGGAGCCAAAUCAAGUUGGUAUGGUCAAAACUAUCGUCCCUCACAAACAAGAACAACAGAAUUUUACCCACUAGUCUAAAAGCAACUGCGUGCCCAAAAUUCCCAGUCAGUCUUGGUUAGGCACCAUGGUUGUCACGCCGGCCGGCGUGCCACUGGUUGAACCUGGUUCAACCGAUACCGGUCAUAAAAUCGGCGUGACAUCACCGGUAUGAUCGGGAUGAUCGAUAUAUGAAUCUCUAAAUAAAAUUACCUUAUUUUAGUGAUUUUAAUUGAUAAAAUUAUUUUAUUAUUUAUUUUAUGAGUAUAAAAGUUAAAUAUUGAUAUUAUCUGUUGGAUUCAAGUAUAAAUGUUUAGGUAUUGAUGUUAAAUGUUAUGUUUAAAUAUGAGUAUUUAUAAUUUUAUUUGUAAUAUUACCCGACAUGCCCAGACACAAACCGGUAUAUGCCACCGAUCGAACCAUUCCACUUGCCAAACCGGCACACUAGCAUAAACCGGUUUGACAACCUUGUUAGUCACACACCUGGGAAUAUUGCUACAAGGCUUGGUUCAAAUUCAACCGUUCUGUACAAGUCUAUGUCCACUCUCUUUACGUGCAUGAGACAAGAAUUUAUUUCCACUUUCCCUUGCACCUGUUCACAGGGAUCGUCAGAAGGAUGAGUUAUGGUCACAAUUCGAUUCACAACUCACUUCCUAACCAUUGGAUACGCUUUCUCUCUUAUCUCUCUCUUAUUUUUUUCAAAUUGAUGGUUAAGAUUAAAUGAAGGGUAUUUUCGGAAUGAAAAAACUUACCACAUAAUUACAUUUCCUAUUUUCUAUAUAAACCUUCUUUAUUAACAAAAAAAAAAUACUCUCUCCCCUCCUCUCACGUUCUCUCCCUCGUCUCUCCCCUCUCUCUUCUCUCCCACAAAAAACCAUAAUCGUGCUGUCACUGUCUCCCUCAGUCUCUCCAGCCGCCGCCGCCGCCUCCUCUACAUCUCUUCAUGCCGCCGCCACCACCUCCCACUACCUCCGACCAUGGCGCAACCUCCACCUCCCGCUGCCACCGCCACCCACCACCACCACCAAACUGCAUCUGCCUCCCCUUUUCUCCGCCUCCCACCUUCUGUCUUCACGUCGUCGGCGUGAGGUCACCGUCUGUCCGCUGCCUUCCUCUCAUCUCCUGAUUUUUUUUUUUCAGAUUUGGAAUUCUUUAAAUUCCAUAUCUGGUUUUUUUUUGUCAUUCUCUAGUGGUACGUACCAAUGACUAGUGAUAGUUUUUGCGUAAUAGUAGUGUUAGUGGUACGCUACCACUACCAUGUACCAAAUGAUAGUGGUACGCUACCACUACCAUGUACCAAAUGAUAGUGGUACGCUACCACUACCAGGUACCGGAUGGUACUGGUACCAAAUGGUACUGAUACGCUACCACUAGCUCUGGACUGGUAGUAGUAGCUUAAAACUAGCGCACUGAUGGAGUGAUAUUUUUUUGCAGGUGGUCGGAGCGAGUCUGAUUCAAGGAUUUCGCCGGAGAAAGUCUGUCGAUCGGAAAGUCAGCCGGUCGGAGUAGAGUGGCUGCUAGAAAAGGAAGAGAGAGAUUGAAAGAGAGAGUUGUGUUUAUUGUAGGAUUUAAAUUUUAAAAAAAACAUGUAUUUAAUAUGGGUUUUUUAUUCCCAAUUUGUAAUUAAUACAAAAAAUAAUUAAUAAAUUCAUUUUUUUUCA